UCCAGCCACACUUCAAAGAGAGGCUGAGGUUGGAGACCCUCCGACUGAAGGGUGGGGUAGGAGGGGAAAUCUGCACCCUCUGGAUGGAUGCCCCAGGAUGCUGAAGAGGAUCCUUCCCAUGGGCAUCUCUGGACCCUCCCAUGAGGAUAAUAUUAACUCACUGAUUGCAUGGCAUAUUUUUGGACCCAUUCACAGAAAAGAAGCCCUGCUCUAAGACUUCCUCAUGGAUGAAGCAAACCUCACAUCAUUUAUCCCUGAAACUCUUGGGAACAAUUCCACCAACAGGAACACUUCCACCAACAGGAACACAUCCACAGGAGAUGUGGAUCGGAAAAUCCCAAUUGUGCACUGGGUCAUCUUGAGUAUCUCCCCGCUGGGCUUUCUUGAAAAUGGAAUUCUCCUGUGGUUUCUCUGUUUUCGGAUGAGGAGAAACCCCUUCACAGUCUACAUCACCCACCUGUCUAUUGCUGACAUCUCUCUGCUCUUUUGUAUCUUUAUUUUAUCAGUUGACUAUGCUCUAGAUUAUGAGCUGUCUUCUGGGUAUUAUUAUACCAUUGUCACAUUAUCAGUGACCUUUCUGUUUGGCUACAACACUGGCCUCUACCUCUUAACAGCCAUCAGUGUAGAACGUUGUCUGUCAGUCCUGUAUCCCAUCUGGUACCGAUGUCACCGCCCUAAACAUCAGUCUGCUUGUGUCUGUGGCCUACUCUGGGCUCUUUCUUGCUUGGUGACUACAAUGGAGCAUGUCAUGUGCAUUGACAUUGGAAGAAAGGGCCACUCCCAGAGUGACUGCAGAGCGGUGAUUGUCUUCAUCUCCAUCUUGAGCUUCCUCGUGUUCACACCUCUCAUGGUGGUAUCCAGUGUGAUCCUGGUGGUGAAGAUCCGAAGGAAUAGCUGGACUUCUCAUUCCUCCAAGCUCUACAUUGUCAUCAUGGUCACCAUUAUCAUCUUCCUCAUUUUUGCUAUGCCCAUGAGACUUCUUUACCUCCUGUACUAUGAGUACUGGUCGACAUUUGGGAACAUGCACCAUAUUUCCCUUCUCUUCUCUACCAUCAAUAGCAGUGCAAACCCUUUUAUUUACUUCUUUGUGGGCAGCAGUAAGAAGAAACCAUUUAAGGAGUCUUUAAAGGUAGUACUGAACAGGGCUUUCAAAGAUGAGAUGCAACUAAAACGCCAGGAAGACAACCCUGAUGCUAGUGCUGUUGAAACUGUGGUCUGACGCUCAGGAAUUUAAUCAUGGGGAUUUAUGCUGCUUGAAAUUGCUGAUGGGGCAACAGAUGUUUCCUAGACAAUCCCUGGAAUGCUUUUUAAGCCCAUUCUAAGUAUGGCAUAGCAGGUGUCCUUACCAGAUGCAGGUAUAUGGUUGGAUUGGUACCAUGUACAUGUACAUAGCUUCUGGAACUGCCUACUCCUGUGUCAUGCCUCUAUUAAUUUUGUACCCAUCAAAACACCUUCUUCUCUUCCCUCUAAAAUUUUGUCACAGCAUUACUCCCAAGGAGCUGUAAAAGAGACUUAUAGUUGAAAGAUUUACAAAUAUUCCCAGAAAAAUAGCAGAAGGAUAUGUUGGAACUUGGAUUCUUUUACAAUAGUAAAAGAAAAAAAGACUUAAAAAACCCAGCUUUAUCAUGUGCACAUUCUUUAUUAUUUUAAAGGUUUUAUUUAAAAUAAAAUUUUUUCCCUUAUAGCACUUAAAUCCAAUGGAGAAGAAUAUCUCUAUUGAAAUCCUGUGCAGCUUCUGCAAUCUUGAACUGAUAACUCCUAAUAUGUUAGGCAAUAAUCUUAGGGUAGCAUGAUGUAAUAGAUAAAUGGAUGGCCUUAGGACUGAGAAAGCCUGGGUUUAAGUCCUAUCUCUGACAUAUUCUAGUUGUGUGAACAUGGGCAAAUAAUUUAACCUCUCACUGUCCCUGGCAAUCAUCUAAGACUAUAAGUUACAAAUGAGUUGUUGAUCUCUGCUGAUGGAAGGACUUUCCACACUAGGAGUUUUCUACAGUGAUAAGAUUGGGGGGAAAACAAUUGGGGUGUGCACACCCUCCCCCUCCCCAAUUACUCUCGGAGGAAGAAGACAGAACUUUAUGGCUUCCUUUGGAAGAAAUCUUGGUUUAAAGAAUUGUCUGUAUUUUUGAGUCCUUUGUAUUGUAUUAUAAACAUUGAUGAGUAGAACUGGACACAUCCAUCCAUGUUAGUGAACCAACAUCUGGACUUGCCCCUGUGAAAUGAUUUUUCAUUCAUUGAAACAGACUUUUUUCUCAGAGCCAGUUUCCCUUGAGCUCUACCUCUCUAUCUAAGAUACUCUCUUGCUAUUUUUUUCUGGAUGAAGUCAUGUGGUAGGGGAGGGUGCAUGGGAGUAUCCUGGGGAAGUGAUGUUGGUAGGUUAGGAAACAGGAUUCUUUUCCCAAGAAGAGUCUCUGCACAACUUCCCCAGCAUCGUUGUCCACUCCCCACAAUUUCACUGCUCCUCUGCAAGAAUGUAUGACUGCUUCAGGACUUUCUGCACUAUCAUGGACUGCAUGUCCUUGUUAUUAAUUGUCAUGUGUGAAAUGUGCUAAUUUAGAGACUCCAUGCCAUGCUAACUUGCCUUCUGUCCCUUUUCUAAGAGCCUCAUAGAGAUAGUGUUUCAAGUGGCAAUUUGGCAGAGUAAAAUAUCUAAAUUCGUAAAUGAGACCUAUUAGUAUUUGUUUUAACUGCAUGUUCCUAAAAGGAUGAGAGAAGCAAUGAUGAAGGGGCCUGUUGUUAUGGUCUUUCCUGUCCAAGGGCCUUCUCCAAGAAAACAUUCUUUUCAUUUCUCCACGAAAACAAGGUUGGCUCUUUCCAGCAGGGUAGCCUUACUGGGGUAAGCUAGAAUCUCUCCUGCAGUGCCCAUCCUCAUCCCAACUGCCAACAAAGUUCAGAUGCAAGGCUCUUAACAGUGAGUGACGACAUCUGAUUCAUAGAGAAGGCAGCUUGAUUCCUACAGCCCAGAUGGGGUAUGCAGUGGUGACAUUUAGAAUGGACUUGUUUUUGAGGGAAAACAUGGCAUCUUCACAUAGAAAGUGCAGAAUAAAUAAUGGAGGAUUGGGGAACUGUUUUCUCACUCUCAGUAAAUCAUAGAAGAUAGCAUUAGUUUCAAAACAGAACAGGUCAAAACUACCUUUUCUAAAAGGGGUUUUGGAGCUUCUUGAAAUAUUUCUAACCAAAGGAAAUUUGGAAAUGUUAGCCCUACACUUAAUUCCAUUCUUCAAGUAAGGCAAAGUGGAAUGUAAUUGUGAACAGAAAGAUCUUUAUAACUUUUUAGCAGUACUGUUAUAAAGAACUGGAAUGCAGAUUUCAAAAUAAUCCCUCAGUGUUGAGAAUUCAGCUGACUUUCCUUCUUCCUCAUGUCUCCUUCUGUCCCAUCCUAGGGUUUGCCAAUAAAUAAUUAAUGAUCACCUAUGGGAGAAACAUGUAUACACACACAUACACACGCACACACACACACACAUACACACUUAAUCUGCCUUAUUAAGAUUUUCUCCAUUACUUUCUUAAGUCUAGAAAAUCAACACAACAAUGUAUUAAGCCCUGAUUUGUAAGGUUUCUUGAUUCCUGGGGUAUAAACACUCACACCGAAAAUUUAACCAGAAGUUCUUAAGCCCUUCCAGCUGUCUCCAGCAUACAAGUUUAAAAAAAAGUGAAUUGUAAGCUGCAAACUAUGAUAGAUAAUAUGCCAGGAAACUAAGACAAAGUAGGUGAAGGACUAGUAAAGAAUUUUAACAAAAAUUCACGUGUGGAAGAAUGUCUACUAUGUCUGCUAUCUUUAGGGUGCACAGACCUAAGUCAUUGUAAGCACUUGUCUCCCUUGCUAGAAUGUGAACUCUUUGCGAGUAGGGGUUGUUGUUUUCUUUGUAUAUAUAUCCCAAGUACCCAGCACAGUA